UAUUUCCCUUUUUUUUCUUUUUUCCUUUUCCUUUCAGUCUCUCUGUCCCCCUCCCUCUACUGUUUUUUCUUUUUGAGGGGUCUCCCCUGCCCUCUGGCAAUUCAAGCCUCAGAUUCCACAGUCACGGCUGCAGCACAGGCUAUUAAUACAGUUUGUUUAGUCAGUUUCCUAGCAGACUGCAUCAAACACUGGAUGGCUGUGGCUGAUUAUAGCUGGGACUCGUCCCUCUACACCUGCUGAGUCGGAGAAAUCCAAGUUAACAGUGGGACUUUGGCAGCAGCUCAAUGAGAGGGUCAGGAAUCAGGGCAGUUUGAGUGCUUCCAUGUCACCUUGGAUGAAAGGUGUUGAAAAAUGGUGGAUGUGAUAUCCACGUCUGUAAUGAAUAUCAGAGACGUGCAUCAGCCUGUAAGUGAAAGACUGAUUUAUUGUGUCUCACAGGGCCGAGGUCUCAAUAAAGGAAGUUAUUUUACAGUGUGCUGUAAAACAUAACACUGUUAUCUUUAAUAAUGUUGCUGUGCGCUAGUCAAAUACAUCUGAGAAAAACUGAAGAAAUUAGUUCUAAAAAAGCUCCCAAUAUUGUUUUGAUGAUUGACAUAAACGGAUGAUAGUUUUUCAACAAUAAGAUCUGGGUUGUAUGAUAAAGUGCCCACAGAAUCUGAUCCUCCUCUUCACACUGUUACCAGCCGCACCAGUUAAUGUCUAGUUUGCCUAAGUGAGAUGUAAACUGAAUUUGCUCCCCCUCCUCACACCAGAUGUGUCUACUUCCCCAAACAAUUGACACCCACGGUAUAACGAGCUGGAUGGAGUAUCUUGUUUGCAGACACAUUUCUGCCCAAAUAGGCUCAGUGGAUUGUAAGCACGUUGUGAGGGACCUGGCGCUGAUUUGUUGUCUUUCUGCAGAGCAUGGUAGGUCUGAAACAAAUCAGACUGAUCUGCUUCAUGUUCCCUUUGAAGUCUGGAGCAAGGGAUUGGACUUUUGCUUACAAACACAAAUUGCAUCUCCCCCAUCAUAAAUACAUGUAGUUGAGCGACACAAUAUUUAGGCCUGUUACAGAUCCAGAGUCAUGGGAGAGCGUGGUAUUCCAGUGCAAGGCUUCAGUAAUCAUGCUUUGGCUCAGGGGCAGCUGUCCUCUUAGGGGAAAAGGAAGGAGGAAAAUGUUCUGACUUCAACGCUGGGAAAAGGUUCAGACAUUUAUGCUUCGCCAACAUAAUGAACAAUCUGUCGCACUCAAUAAUGUAAGACUUCAUGUUCAACUCAUGUAGUCUGUGAAACAAAAGUGCAAAGUGAGUAACAAGGUUGAAUAUCCACCACCAGGCAUUUCCAUGUUUUACUUAUAUUAAAUGUUGAAGGAACAGCCAGGAACUCGCAUUCAAAGGAUUUAAUUUAAGUUGGAAAACUAUAGCUGCUCAUGAUGACUACUUUAGUAAUCGUGUUGGCUUUUGUUUACUGAAGUGAUUCUCCUUGUUUAUACAGCAUUGCCCGUAUUGCAUGUCAGUAUUACUGUGCUGUAAGCGCUGCUGCUUUGUGAAUAAGCAGCCAGACUUCACUUUUUGGCCAGCAGAGAAUGCUUAAAAAUUAAUGUCCCUUGUCUAUCGCCGUUGCCACCCCUCCAGUUCCCUUAUUUAAAUUUAAUGACAAAGUUAUUUUCCUUAACUCCCUGCUUUGCAUUCACAUGGAGUGUUUCUCAGCUAUACAGGAGGUAAUAGGGUCUAGGCUGUGGAGGGGAUGUGGGUGGUGGGCUUCAAUCUUGAAGAGUCAUUCUCCUCUGUGAAAACAGCUGAUUGAAGCUGUAGGCCUCGCAUAGCUUCAGUUAGAACAGGAGGAAGGACCCAACAGAAACAUGCGUGUUUAACUCUUGACAUUAGCAUGUACUUCGGAAGGGGAGUGGAGGAGGUGGAGGGGGCUUUGGUGCACUGUGUGGAAGGCGUUGAGAAUGUUUCCAGUGCCAUCAAAUGUCCAGUGGUGCUCUCCUUGCGUGUCUCUAUUUUUAAAGUAGUACCAUGUAUUUAUGCUUUGUUAAUAACAGUCUCAUAAAACUCUCAAAAAACAUAAAAAUAAAAAAUGUUCACAAAGUUCUCAAACAAAUAUUUGUUGCAGUGCAUCACAUUGUAGACCCCAAAAAAUCAGAAGUUAACAGUUAAAAAACACACAAAAAAAACCAUUAUACACUGGUGGAGUUUAUUAUUAUUGUCAUCCAGACAGAUUGUGAGUAAAUUAAAGACAUCAGAUUGUGGGGUUUCUUUUAUUAGUUGAGUAGUUACUGACUGCUAUAGAAGAGAGUGUUGCACAUUUGGAAUCAGUUAAAUGUAAUGUAAGGUAUUUACUGGUAAACUAUAUGUAAAAAGAAUGCAUUCAAUGAAUGCAUUCAAUGUUUAUUUCAGCUUUAGGAGUUUUGCAGAGGAAUUAGCAUUAGCUUUGCGUUGCCUAUUGACAAUCUCGUGUGGACUGCUUACCAAUACAAGCACAGUGCUUCAGCAGACCCUGACCAAACAAUAACAAGUUGUACUUCUUGAAGUAAGCAAGCUCAAUCAAAAUCAAUACCAAAGCAGGAGAAGUACGACAUAUUUAGCUUAAUUUUCAGAAUAGUUACCAUACUGUCAUCCAUGUGGUGUUCCUCACAAACAGUUCACAGUGCCACCCUUUUUGUCAUUUUGAUUAUACAUACUAUAUACAUACUAAUACUAAUAAUCAGGACUAUUUUAAACACGAUAACAAAAAUUAGUUGUGAAAGUUGCUAAUGUUUUCUGCAAACGUGACACUGGAGUCUGUGGUUGAUGCUAAAGUUUAGCAUUUGUCAUGAUAUUCUUUCAAACCUGAUUUUUGGAAAAUGUAACAAGAAGGCUUCAGGAAGUGUAAAGGUGUCUGAGAAGUGAGAGAUGGGAGUGGUAAUGGGAGAAGGAGGGAUUGCCAGUGAAAGAGAACAAGACAGAAGGAGAAGGAGAGGCAGACAUCUUUGUGUGAAUGGUUGCUGUCGUUUCUUUGUAAACGGCUCCUCAUUGGUGGACCAGAAGCCCCCCUGUGCGAAGGAAGUAUCACCAGGGAAACUUGGUCCUGUUGCCUCCGUGUCCGUGUUUUUCAUUUUGCCAGGGUUAUUUUUAAAUAGCACUCGGCUUCCUGCUUGGGCUGUAAGGACUACAAGCCACAGCAUCCCCUUUUUUGUUGUGUGAAGGAUUUUUCCAGUUUGCCAUUCAACAAAAGUCACACACAUGUUCUCCUUUUCUCCUCACCCACAGUUACACUGCAGGGUCUUUGCAAAAAUGGGGGACGACCGACCUUUUGUGUGCAACUCUUCUGGCUGUGGACAGAGGUUCACCAAUGAGGACCAUUUGGCUGUACACAAACACAAGCACGAGAUGACCCUGAAGUUCGGACCACCAAGAACGGACUCUGUCAUAAUUGCAGACACGACACCUACUCCCACACGUUUCCUUAAAAACUGUGAGGAGGUCGGUCUGUUCAACGAGCUGGCCAGCUCCUUCACACAAGAUGAGGAGGAGAAAAGGGCCAAGAACGCUCUCCCCUCUGCCAAUUCUGUGGCUUUGGACAUGACUCUGCAGACACCGACAGAAGUGAAGGUUAAGAAGGAGGAACCUGUAGAGGUGGACUCUUCACCACCAGGCAGCCCUGAAUCCACCUCUGGGAAGUGGGAAAGUAGCAAAGAGCCUCCGACUAAAGCAAAGGACACUCCUCCCAGGAGUUCAGCUCCCACCCCGACUAUUGUGCGUCCAGGUUCCCUCCCAUUACACUUGGGCUUUGAAAGCCUUCAGCCGACGAUGCCAUCACCAACCUCUGUCAUCACACAGGCUCCACCCUCCAGUCGUACUCUGGGUUCUCCAACCAGCCACUACCCCAUGAUGAUGCUACCCACCGGCCAGGCUUUGCCUCUGCUCCCUAGUCCUGUUCAUUCUGUCAUUAAUCUGGCCCGACCCCUGUGCAUGGUGCCCAACAUUCCUGGUAUCCCCGGUCCUCCACUGGGAGGCAGCAGCAGUGGCUCUAACUCCCCCUCCGGCUACAGCAUCCACUCAGAGGCCAAGAUGCGGCUGAAGGCUGCACUGUCCCACCAGAGUCCAUCAGGACACAGUAUGGGGGUGAUGGCCAUGGGCAGCAGCCCCAUGGUGCCUCAGAGGGCAGAACAGAGUCAACUGCUUGUCCAACACCCAGAUGCUCCAUCACCUGCACAACCUCAGGUAUCUCCAGCUCAGCCUACAGGUGGGCGUCGGCGGCGGACAACAGACGAUGACCCAGACGAGCGCAGACAGCGCUUCCUCGAGAGGAAUCGCGCCGCAGCAUCACGGUGCAGACAAAAACGCAAAUUGUGGGUCUGUUCCCUGGAGAAGAAGGCCGAGGAGCUGAGCAGCCUGAACGUCUCACUGUCGAAUGAAGUGUCUCUCUUGCGGAACGAAGUUGCUCAUUUGAAGCAGCUGCUACUGGCCCAUAAGGACUGUCCUGUUACGAACCUGCAGAAGAAGACUGCCUACUUAGAGGAGAGCAUGAAAGACACCUCAGAGCCCACAGGUUCCCCUGCGCCCGUCAUCCAGCACAGCUCCCUGGCACCCAGCCCCUCCAUGGGGCAAAAUGGCCUGAGGCCAAGGGCAGCAGCUGAGGCCAUGGCUAUGUCCGUGCUGGCAGGAAUGGGCCAGUCGCAGAGGGCCGAGAGCGGAUCUUCUCAUAUUAUCAUGGCUGCACAGUCUCAUUCAACUGCCAGAUGAUGAGCGAUGUCAUCAUGGCCAAGACUUGGCUCAUUACCGAGAGUCAGAAUAAGAGCGGCGGACACCCCCUACCCUUCCCAACAUCCACCAUCUAGACGUCCAAAUAUCUCAUCUUUCGCUCGCUUCUUAUCCUGUGCUCUCUGUGACCCUACUGUGGAGCCAUCACGCUGUGGCCUGGAGCUCAGCAACAGCAGCCUUCUGGGAACGGACUGAGACUUUUGAGAGAGCUUCCUCAUCACUUUGCCACAGACUUCAGGGGCUGGACUCCAACCCCCAACCUCCCUACCUAAAGUUGCCCUCUAUGCCUCUGUGCUCUUCUGUUCUCACUUUCCAGUCCAAAGACAUUCUGCUGGACUGUAGGACUGCACCAUGCUCAGUGUACUGAUGUUCGAAUGAAAAAAAAAAAAAGAACUACCAACAGUGACACAUCCCCACUUUGAAACUCUCAAGUGUUGAGCAUUCAUGAUCAAAAUUGAAACCAAAAAAAAAAGAAAACACCCCCAGAGCGUUAACACCGUUUUUAACAGGAAUCGUGUCUUGUGCCUCUUUAAAUGUUUGAGUCAUGCACACACCCACACGUACCAUCACAGCAUCUCUGUACAUUAUCCUCUUCAAAGAUACAGAAGGCAUUAGGGCUGUCACUUUUUCCAAAAUUUAUCAUCAUCUUGUGACAAGUUUUUCUGAGUUAUUCUGAGAUCCGCUGUCACAUGACUCCACAUCAAAAAAAAAAAAAAACCCAAAAAAACCAAACCACCAGACGGACUAGGUAGGGUCAUCUCCACAGCUGAAUCUUCCACUUUGUUAGUUCUGAGUUUUUCCAUGCUUUGUUUUUUUUUUUUGCCAAUUCCAUUAUGCUGAAAUAAAAGCAAGUCAGGCUCCUGUGUAUGAACACAAAUGUAAGUCGUCAGCAAGAAUCACUGCAGUGGAAAUGAACCUGAGUCUGUUCAUUACCGCUGUGAUGCUUUUCAGAGUACGUUGGUGUUGUAUCUGUCAGACCAAAGACAAAGUAUGGCCCCGUCUGCUACCAAAAACAAAAUAAACUGUCAGCGCUGUCUUCUUCUGCUUAGGUUAAAGGAUGAGCUGCGUCUGAAGCUCUCUGUGUCAGAGCAUGCAGUCGCUUCUAAAGGGACAACCUGAGGCACAAGAUUCAGGUUUUAAUCCUUACAUUCAGACUUUUACCACCUCAGCCUAAGAUAUUUUUUGAUCCUAAAAUGUGACACCCCUAAGUCUUCAGUAAUCAUAAAGGUACAGUACGCAGGAAUUCAACACAUCUAAACAUGUACAAGUCUUUGGUCUGCUGACUCCCCCACAUUAUCUCCAAAAAAAUUAAAAUUGCAUUCUUAUCUUAGAGAUAUCUAACUUACAGUAAUCACUCUCCACCAUGAGCCUGUCCUAACAUUACCCUCCACCUCAGUCUCUGCAGCUGACAUUUGAAAAAUUGUUUUACUGCCAAUAAUACGUUUUUUUACUUUCGAUUACUAAAGCUUAAAACUGGAAUAAAUGGAAACGAGAAAUUAUGUGAUGAGGGCAGCAUCCCUGCAGAUGAACGUACCCACCUGGUGAGAUUACGUUUGUAAUCAUCUUUAUAGAUUUACGUUCAUCUUGAAUUCCUGCAUACUGUGACACAGAAUAUUUACUUCUGGUAAUCCUUCUGUAAGCAGUUCUACCUAAAGGUGAUAUUAACCUAAAAUCUUACCUCAGUUACGCCCCGCCCACCCUCCCCUUAUAAUAAACUGUAUGAACAGUGUGUGUGAGAUUGGCUAUGUAUGUGUGUGCAAAAUGUAUGUACAUCAGAACACAACAGUUUGUCUACUCUUGAUCUAAUACACAAACACUUAGAUUGUUAUCAUGUGACUUGGUAGUAGGGUGUGAUGUUGUUGAUGCAGUACGUGCAGCUAUAAUUUAACCUAAUUGGCACAUCCUUUCAGAUCAGUCCACAUAACUAAAAUGUAUUGUUUCCCAAGAAAGAUUAGUAUUUGAAAUAUUUUUUUACUCUCCCUCCCUCUGUUUGUCUUCUAAAGAUAGUUUAAUGGUUUAAAAGUGAAUGGACGUUUCAUCGUAAUGACUGUUUCCUCUGUGUGGGACUUGGACAUAUUGUAACUGUUACUUUCACACGUCUCAGGGUAGUUGCACAUACUCGCUGAAAGUGUGACAAAAACCCCAUCCAUGUCUGUGCUCUCUACCAAACCUAGUCUAAGCCAUAACCAAUCAGACCGUCUGAAUCUCCAGAGGUCGCCCAGUACUGGUUUCUAACACAGGCUGUGCAUGGCUGGACUGUUAUUUAGGGGUUCAGAGGCCACAUAGACACUAUCUUUACAGUAUCUGACUGGUUGUUAUUUGCACUUAAACACACCUUCACGCAGCAACAAUUGUGUUUUGGUCAUUUCUGCCUUAAGAUCACAUCAGUGCCUCUUAUAUCUCAGUUUAAGAUUUACUAGUGUGAAAGUGGAGCUUUUGCAAAAGUGUAUUUGUUCAUUUGAGUCGAUGUGAAGCAAUCAGUGAAAAACAAAGAUCUAUUAGUUUGUUUAUAUUCCUAUCAUGUUUUAAAGUUUGGUUGUAUUUUUUAAAAAACAAAAAGUCUUUUUUUAAAAAUAAUUGUACUUGUCACAGAAGAGCUUCUUCACUGGUAAAGGUCCGAUAGAGAGAGGUUCUGAAUGGUUUUACUUUUCCUCAAACCCCACCAUCUUUUCCAGAUAAACAUAUAUUUUUCAUAAGCAAAAUAUACACACGGUUUUCUGUCCUUGUUUGUUUUUAUUACCUGUAUAGUUUUGUCUGAUGUGAUCAUAUAUUUGUGAGAUGUGAUAUUUCAAAGACAAGAUAUCUAUCCAUUACCAGGAGAGCAUGUCUUUAUGCACUAAGAUACUACGAGUUUAUUUGUAUUUCUGUUCAUUUACUUUACUUUCUUGGUUCUGUUGUUUUAAUCACAUCUUCUCUUUUUCUCUUGUUCUUUACUUUAACAAAAUGAAUGGGAAUUUCCAGCAGCUCAAACGCUUCUCUCCUUUGACUGAACCUCUACUCUGACAGUUGAAAAUACGAGCCUGGCAUUUUGUCGUAGUUUGAAGCCGUCACUAUAUUUGGCUGGCAGUUCCUUCUAGACGAAUGUUCAUAUGAAAUGAAAAUUCAUACUAUAUUUAGCUCUCAUGUGUUCUUGUCAUUCAUGUCAUUUUCUUCUGUUGUGUGCUAUUUCCAGCACAGCCCAUUUUUUCAUAAAGCUUUUUUUUAAUUGUACUGUCCAAUAUAGAAACAACUCCCUUAAAACAGAAUUUGUUUUAUUGCAGAUUGAAUUUCAUUAUGCUUUUUUCUCUUAAAAAACAUUUCUGCCCCCAUUAUUAUAUCGUUCAAAAAUGUGGCCUUGUCUAACUUAUUAUACCAAAUUGGUUGUGAAAACAAUUUUUAAAAUAACAGUUUUUGGAACAUUAAUAACAUUCAGAAUUAUUUUUAAAAAGGCAAUUAAAAGAUGAAAAUGUAACAUUUGUAUGUUGCAUGCAUUGUUUUAAUGGUUUGUCACACUCCUGUUGUUAAACUUGUACAUAUCUGUACCAUACAAAUACAUUUACUUUUCCAUGCAUGUCCAAGUGGAAUACUAUGAACACUUACAUACAGUGCUGCAGUUUUAAUUAAAAAAAACUACAUUUUAAUGAACA